UUAUUUACGUUCUGUUGUCUGCGAGUUGCACGAGAAUGACAGUAUUGUAAAUAAAUAAAUUAAUUGAGAAGAUGCAUAUUAAAGUGUAAUAUAAUAUUAGAAAAUUAGAAUUGUUAUUGUGAAUAUUCUCAAAAAUAUAUAUAUUAUAUGGAUAAAAUGAACGUGGAACAGAAUAUUUGUAACCUCAUAACUCCAAAUAGAGAGACGUUUAGCCCUAUCAAAUUAUCUCCACAUAAAUUUCAAGGAAAAAAUUUGACAGGAACUGCAUGUCUCGUACAUAAUUUAGCUGCGGAUAUUCAUUCAAAUAUACAAAAGUGGAACAGUUUCCAUAUUCAAGGAGUCACCUGCUUAAGAAACAUAAUACAACUAAAGAGGGACAAAAAUUAUUCUGUGGCUUUGCAAAAUCUAUGCGAUGAAUUAGAAAAUGUUUGUAAUAAUCUGGAUAGCAUAGUUAAAAACUUGGAGCAAAUUAAACAUCAGUUGAUAAGCAUAACAGCCUUACAAAAAACUGCAAAUAAAUUGUUUACGACAUGGCCGACAAACAAAUUUGGUGAGGUAGCAGAAACUAUAUAUAAGACAUAUCAUAAGGAAGCUGAAUUGAAACGCAACUUACUUGAAAAUGUUGCUCACCAUCAUACGGAAUCUUGGAAAAUGUUUUAUCUCGCAGCAUGGGCACAUCAACCUUUAGUAUCUGAAAAUUUAACGAUAUUAUUGAACUUAUUGUUAAUUGAAACUGGCCUCAAAUGAUAACAGUUUCUAAUAUAGCAUUUAAUUUUUCUUUAU